AGGGUUUCCUCAGCCUUUUCACCUACUUUCUCUCUCCUUUCGCUCUGCUGUCUCUCUCUCUUCGUUUUCGAUCCCUCAACCAUGUCUGCCUUCACGAGCAAAUACGCUGAUGAGCUGAUUGCUAACGCUGCCUACAUCGGUACCCCCGGAAAGGGUAUCCUUGCCGCUGAUGAGUCAACUGGUACCAUUGGCAAGCGUCUUGCUAGCAUCAACGUUGAGAAUGUCGAAUCCAACAGGCGUGCUCUCCGUGAACUCCUCUUCACCGCUCCUGGUGCUCUUCCAUGCCUCAGCGGUGUUAUCCUCUUCGAGGAAACCCUCUACCAGAAGGCUUCCAAUGGCAAGCCUUUCGUUGACAUUUUGAAGGAAGGUGGAGUCCUCCCAGGUAUCAAGGUCGACAAGGGCACUGUCGAGCUCCCUGGAACCAACGGCGAGACCACCACCCAGGGUCUCGAUGGCCUUGGUGACCGAUGCAAAAAGUACUAUGAGGCUGGUGCCCGCUUCGCCAAGUGGCGUUCUGUUCUCAAGAUUGGCCAGAAUGAGCCAUCCGAGUUAGCCAUCCACGAGAACGCAUAUGGAUUGGCUAGAUAUGCAGUCAUCUGCCAGGAAAACGGUCUUGUCCCCAUUGUUGAGCCUGAGAUUCUCGUUGAUGGCCCUCAUGACAUCAACAAAUGCGCUGCUGUGACAGAACGUGUCCUGGCCGCAUGCUACAAGGCCCUGAGCGACCACCAUGUUUUGCUCGAAGGAACCCUCUUGAAACCCAACAUGGUAACACCCGGAUCUGAAUCUGCCAAGGUGGCACCCGAGGUCAUAGCUGAGCACACGGUCCGUGCCCUACAAAGGACUGUCCCUGCUGCUGUCCCGGCCAUCGUGUUCUUAUCCGGUGGGCAGAGCGAGGAAGAAGCAACCCUGAACCUCAACGCCAUGAACCAGCUGAAGGGUAAGAAGCCGUGGUCACUGUCAUUCUCGUUUGGACGUGCCCUUCAGCAGAGCACACUCAAGGCGUGGGCCGGGAAAGACGAGAACGUGGCUAAGGCGCAGGAAGCAUUAUUAGUGAGGUGUAAGGCCAACUCUGAGGCUACGCUCGGAACUUACAAGGGUGAUGCGAAGCGCGGUGAAGGUGCUGACGAGAGCCUCCACGUUAAGGACUACAAGUAUUGAGGAUGAUGUGGAUGUUCAUCAUCAUCAUCAUCAUGGUUGUGUUGUGAUAUUAAUAUUAUCCUGGAUAUGUAUUUCUAGGGUUUGUUCUUCUUCCCUUUUGGGUUUCUGUUGCGACUUUUGGGGGAUCUUUGAGUCCCAAUAAGGCUUUUUGAGAGGAUUUGUUCCUACUGAAUAUUUUUGCUUCAGCAAAUGACAUUUUGCCAAAUUAUUUUGAUCUGAA